AUGGUCUUCUCGGGAUGCCCGGUGGCCAAUGGCAAGUGCAAAGGCAUUGUGGUUGCCACUGGCAUGAACACGCGCAUCGGCGAGAUUGCCAAGAUGAUGGCGAAACAAGACGAGGAGGGUGGCAGCAGCGGCUGGUGUGACUGCCUGCCCACCUCGGCCGAGAACAAGACGCCUCUCCAGGAGAACGUGGAGCGCUUGGGCGCACGCAUCGGUGUCCUGGCCAUCGCUGUCUGCGUGGUGGUGUUUAUCAUCGGCCUGCUCAUUGGUACCAAGGAUCCUGAGUUCCCAGAAAGCCCCAGCUGGGUCUACAUGAUCCUCAUUGCCGUGACCUUGGCCGUCGCUGCCAUUCCAGAAGGCAUCCCACUUUGCGUCACCAUCUCGCUUGCGAUCGGCUGCCAAGAAAUGGUCGAGAAGAAUGUGCAGGUACGCAAGAUCGCGGCAGUGGAAACCCUGGGCUCUGCUUCGGUGAUCUGCAGUGACAAGACCGGGACACUGACCGAAGGAAAGAUGACCAUGACGAAGAUGUGGUCCUGUGGCGUGGAGUACAACAUCACCGGCCAAGGCUUCGAUCCCACCAACGGCCAGGUCCAGCGCGUGGGCAUGCUCCUGCCCAACGGGGUGAACUCCAACCGCGACCUGGGCGUGCGUAGCACCCUGCUCUCUGCCGUUCUCUGCAGUGACACGGUGCUCUUCCUGGCCGAGGAUGAGGAGACGGGAGAAGCGACCUGGCAGUACCGGGGCAACUCCUCCGAGGCGCCUAUCGUCGUGGCCGCCAGGAAGAUCGGCCUGCCCGAGGAUGUGACGAAGGGCUACCGCCGUCUUGUGAACAUCCCCUUCUCCUCGGCGCGCAAGAUGAUGCUGACGGUCUCCGAUGUCACCGGACGCACGAGCUUGUGCGAUGGUGGCAUGCCCUUGCCCCCCGGUACCACCGGCUUUACCGUCUGCAAAGGUGCCCCGAACUGGGUGAUUCAGAGCUGCAGCAGCAUCCUUCGAGAGGACGGUGGUGUGUACGCCCUCAGUGAGGAGGAGAAGGCGCGUAUCAACGCCGGGGUUGUGGACGCCUACUCCGACCAGGCCCUACGAGUCCUUGCUGUAGCCGUCGGCUUCCGGGCAGAGCCCACAGCACAGCUGGAGAACGACGACGUGCCACUCGACGACAAGUUCAACAUGCUGCGGUCCAACUUGACUCUCGUUGGCAUGGUUGCAUCCCUGGACCCGGACCGCGAGGGCGUUCGGGAGUCGGUGCUGGGCGCCCGGGAAGCGGGCAUCCGAGUCGUGAUGAUCACCGGGGACUACCUGAAGACUGCCACGGCCAUCGCCAGGCGGGUCGAGAUCCUUCGGCCGGAGGACAACGUGGCGGAAGCAGCAGUGGACUGCAACUCCCUGCGCCCGCGGGACGAGACCUACCUGCCAGCUGAGCAGAUGGACGAUAUCACCAGCCGAGUUCGCGUCUUCGCACGAGCCAAGCCGGCCGACAAGCUGGAGAUUGUAAAAUCCCUCCAGCGGCAGGGCCUGGUCUGUGCAAUGACAGGCGACGGCGUCAACGACGCCCCGGCGUUGAACGAGGCGAACAUCGGCGUGGCGAUGGGCAUCCAGGGCACGGAGGUGGCAAAGGGUGCGGCGGAGAUGAUCUUGACCGAUGACAACUUCACCUCCAUCGUGAAGGCCGUGGAGAAAGGGCGAUCCAUCUACGCAGGCAUCCAGAAGCUCCUUUGGCCGCGAUGUGGAGA